AGACGCCGGCAUUUUUAUCACGCUAGCGCAAAAUCUCUAUUUGCAAAUUGAAAGAUCGAAUCGAAAUAUGCCUGAAGAUCCGGAAACUGUUGUAGCUGAAAAGCGUACCCACUUGCCGUGGAUUGAGAAGUACCGCCCCGCAAAGUUCAACGAAAUCGUGGGCAAUGAGGAUACGGUGGCACGUCUCUCCGUCUUCGCAACGCAGGGCAAUGCACCCAACAUAAUUAUAGCCGGUCCUCCUGGCGUUGGCAAGACCACGACCAUUCAGUGCCUGGCCCGCAUCCUGCUCGGAGACAGCUACAAGGAGGCAGUGCUGGAGCUGAAUGCCUCGAACGAGCGCGGCAUCGAUGUGGUGCGCAACAAGAUCAAGAUGUUUGCCCAGCAAAAGGUGACGCUACCCAAGGGUCGUCACAAGAUCGUUAUCCUGGACGAGGCGGACAGCAUGACGGAGGGCGCCCAGCAGGCGCUGCGUCGCACCAUGGAAAUCUACAGCAACACGACUCGCUUCGCACUGGCCUGCAACACCAGCGAGAAGAUCAUCGAGCCGAUACAGUCGCGCUGCGCCAUGCUGCGCUUCACCAAGCUCUCGGAUGCCCAGGUUCUGGCCAAGCUGAUCGAGGUGAGCAAGUGGGAGAGUCUAUCCUACGAUGCGGAGGGCCUGGAGGCGGUCGUCUUCACUGCCCAGGGAGACAUGCGACAGGGUCUCAACAAUCUGCAGGCCACUGCCCAGGGAUAUGGCAACAUUACCAUGGAGAACGUGUUCAAGGUGUGCGAUGAGCCGCAUCCCAAGUUGCUGGAGGAAAUGCUGCAGCACUGUGCCGUAAAUGACAUUCACAAGGCCUACAAGAUACUGGCCAAGCUGUGGAGCCUCGGCUACUCCCCGGAGGACAUUAUUGGUAACAUAUUUCGCGUCUGCAAGCGACUGAAUCUCGAUGAGCAGAUGAAGCUGAACUUCAUUCGCGAGAUCGGCAUUACACACAUGAAGAUCGUCGAUGGCAUCAAUACCCUGUUACAGCUUACGGCUCUGCUGGCCCGUCUUUGCAUCGUGUCCGAGUCCCACUAGUUCCCAAAAGGACCAUUAGUUGUAAAAUAUUAAAUUUAAUAAGUAUCUAUAAAUAAAUCUGAAUAUGAUAGAUCA